AUUCCGCGUUGGCCUGGACGUGGCACCAAGGAGGAGCAGCGCCCACAGUUCUAUCCGAUCCGGUUCUUUUGCGCCUGUUAUUCAGUUCUGACAGCAGCUUCAGCGGGCUAAGCGCCUACCAGCUCCGACCCUCGGCUUGUCAUCUACCCAGGCUGUCUCUGGAACAUUUUAUUUAUUAAAAAAAAUGGGUCUGACCAUCUCGUCUCUGUUCUCCAAGCUGUUCGGGAAGAAGCAGAUGAGGAUACUGAUGGUGGGUCUGGAUGCAGCUGGAAAAACAACAAUCCUGUACAAACUGAAGCUCGGAGAGAUUGUCACCACCAUCCCAACUAUCGGUUUUAACGUGGAGACGGUGGAGUACAAGAACAUCUGCUUCACGGUGUGGGACGUCGGUGGUCAGGACAAGAUCCGACCUCUGUGGAGACACUACUUCCAGAACACACAGGGUCUGAUCUUCGUGGUGGACAGCAACGACAGAGAGAGAGUGGCGGAGUCGGCCGAGGAGCUCUCCAAGAUGAUCCAGGAAGACGAGCUGAAGGACGCCGUCCUUCUAGUGUUUGCAAACAAACAGGAUCUUCCCAACGCCAUGGGGGUCAGCGAACUCACCGACAAACUGGGCCUGCACAGCCUGCGCAGCAGAACUUGGCACGUCCAGGCCACCUGCGCCACUCAGGGGACUGGUCUCUACGAGGGUCUGGACUGGCUGUCCAAUGAGCUGUCGAAACGUUAAGAGAACCUGACAGGAAGCAGCAGGCUGAUGUCACCGACUGAUGUCACCGUGUACAAACCGCGGAGGAGGAAGAUGAGGAGCAUUUCACAGGACUGUUUCUGGGUUUUUUUUUUUUUUUUUUUUUUCUUAAAUUAUAAAUGUGUCUGUUGGAGGAAGUGAUGUUAUGGACUCUGAGCUGACCUAGUUUCCCAUCAUCCUCUUCUUCUUCUGUUUUCUUUUAAUCUGUUCGUUUUAACUCCAGAUCAUGUGACAGGAUGAUGUAGGAGAGGAGGUGGGAGGGGGGGGGCGGGGUUUAGGACAGGUAACAGUUACCUAGUCAUGUGAUGACUCAUUCCACAGAGCCGGAUCUGACGGCCUCGUCAUUCCUUAUCAGUGUGAAGAAGAAGAAACACAGACGCAACAAUGAUGCAAUAAAGGUUUUUUUUCUUCUCA